GGGCGGGGCGCGCGCAGGGGGGUUGUGGUGGCCCGCGGCGCGCGCACAGCACCGGGCGCAGCCGCCGCCGCCGCCGCCUCAGCCGCAGCAGCGCCGAGACCGCCGCGCCCUCCUCGUCCUCCUUUUCCUCCUCCUUCCUCCUCCUCCUCCCGGAGCCCGCAGCCUCCUUCGCCCCUCUGCCCCCCGGACCCCGCGAAGAUGGUGGACCGCGAGCAGCUGGUGCAGAAGGCCCGGCUGGCCGAGCAAGCCGAGCGAUACGACGACAUGGCGGCCGCCAUGAAGAACGUGACGGAGCUGAACGAGCCCCUGUCCAACGAAGAGAGGAACCUGCUGUCCGUUGCCUACAAGAACGUGGUGGGGGCGCGGCGCUCGUCCUGGCGAGUCAUCAGCAGCAUCGAGCAGAAGACCUCUGCGGAUGGCAACGAGAAGAAGAUCGAGAUGGUCCGCGCCUACCGCGAGAAGAUCGAGAAGGAGUUGGAAGCGGUGUGCCAGGAUGUGCUGAGCCUGCUGGACAACUACCUGAUCAAGAACUGCAGCGAGACGCAGUACGAGAGCAAAGUCUUCUACCUGAAGAUGAAAGGGGACUAUUACCGCUACCUGGCCGAGGUGGCCACCGGGGAGAAGAGGGCGACCGUGGUGGAGUCCUCGGAGAAGGCCUAUAGCGAAGCCCAUGAGAUCAGCAAGGAGCACAUGCAGCCCACCCACCCCAUCCGGCUGGGGCUGGCGCUUAACUACUCGGUUUUCUACUACGAGAUCCAGAACGCGCCGGAGCAGGCCUGCCACCUGGCCAAGACGGCCUUCGACGACGCCAUUGCCGAGCUGGACACCCUCAACGAGGACUCCUACAAGGACUCAACGCUCAUCAUGCAGCUCCUGCGCGACAACCUAACGCUCUGGACGAGCGAUCAGCAAGACGACGACGGCGGAGAAGGCAACAACUAGACCCCCCCGAUGGACUGGCAGCCGCACGCUGAUGCUAACUACUGCAGUCUUUAUUUUUUUCCCACGAGUGGGGGGGGUCCGGGGUGGGGGAGGGAAAGGGAGGGGACACCUUCCCAGGGAGGCCCCCCACAACCUGUCUUUGAUUGCCUCGUUGACAUUUUUGCCAAAACACCACUAGUGGAAGUCAGGCUGGCUGUGCUGGUAUGGAAUAGCAGCCUCACUGGCAUAUGGACUGUUCUGUAGAUUAUUAAUACAAGUGGAGCUGUCUUUAAUUUAACUUUAUUGCUAGAAAUAAAAAAAGGGUUUUAAGACGAAUUUGCGUGGAUGGAAUGGCCCUCGUUUUUAAGGAAAGCAACGCAAAAACAUAAAAAAAAAAAAAAAAAAAAAAGGAAGUUCUGUGGUUCCAGUAAGGCUUCGAGCGUUUGUUUCCGCAGCCCGGGUGCCGUGUGCCCGCACCACGCGGGGCCUCUCUCUGCAGCGCUCUGCCUGCCAGGGCGCAGCUGCAAAUCCCCAAAUUGAGAAGGAAUUAAAAAUAAAACCAACAAAACUAAAGAAUUUGGGGCUUGCAAAGCCCUGGGAUUUAGGCCAUCCAAUCUUUUUUGGUUUUUUUUUUUCUUUUUUUUCUUUUUUUUCUUUUUUUUGGGUUGGUUUUUUUUUUUUUUUUGGUUGAGAUAUUUAUUAGGGUAGCUUACAGUAUUAACACUAAAUUGCAGUUUACAGUAUUUCUACAUUACAGCCAUAUGACAUCAAGCCUUUGAUUGUCUGUUUUUCUUUCUUUUGCUAGUUCUUUUGGCUUGCCUUCCUGAGCAGUCCUCGCCUGUGGACUGGCUUUAGCUAUUCUGUGUCGCCCAAGGCAAGAAGACUGCCCGCCCGAGGAACAUCAAAGCUGCUCUAGUUUUUUGGUCAACAGCUUAACAGGUGCUUGGCUAGCGGCUGUUUCAACUAUUUUAAGUCCACAGCAAAAGGUUUAAGAACUUAAUUAGACAAAGGGGGAAGUGUUUAAACUUAAAAAUGCCACUUAAAUAAAAAACAAUAAAAAAAAUUUAAAAAAAAA